CCUUUUGCUGGUUCUUUGUAAAUUUAAAGUCUGUCCUGUGUACUUCUUGGAUGCACAAUUUGAAAUUUGUCACAUUCUUCCAACAUGGUGAAUUUUUUCAUAGUUUGAUGGAUGGUAAAAGCGAUUUGUGAGUAUAAGAAAUUAUAUUCUAGUAUAAUUUACUCUGUUUUCUAAUGGAUUUAGUGAAGUUUUAAUGCAAUUUUUGAAUUCCUUGCCCCUAAUUUAUCCAAAAGUGAUAUUUUUAUUGGUGAUUUCCAUCUGCUUUAUCAAAAUUUCUCAAAGUUUACUUUCCCCGCACAUUUAAAAUGGCGGAUAUGUGGAUAAUAUUAUGCUGAAUCAGCAAAAAUUAAAAUAACUAUAAUAUCUGAAUGAGUUAAGAUAUCAACUUGAAAUUUUCAGGUUAUUUUCCUCUCAAGAUACUUAGCAUUUGACAGGAGUAUCAGAAAAAUCUGAGAGGGUGCAUUACAAAUCUAAUUUUUUUGUCCCACUUUGGCAUGGAAUGACCCAAAAUUCUAUUUAGAGAACCUAUCUUUGAAAGGAUUCAUGGUAACUCUUCUGGCUUAUGAGCUGGAAGUCUUAUUGAUGUUUUAAAACUGAUUUUAGAUGAUAUAACCCGCCCUGUCAACUUGACAAUUAUAUGAAAACUUUAACAGCCGUUUUCUCAAAAUAGGAGAUUUUAGUACCACACCAUAUUGGAGACUAAGUGUACUCCAAAUCUUUUACUGUACACUCAUGAAAUUUUGCAGUGGCAUAGGAUUAGACUUGAAGAGUGCAAUGAGUGGGAAAAAAAAGUUUUUGUUUCCCAUGGCAACCGUUGCUAUGGAAAACAUCCUUAUUUGGAAUAGAAAGCAUUAUGAAUCAUUUUUUUAAAAAGUGUUACACUCAUUGCAUAGAGGUUCAAUAGUUUAAGCUACAUGCAAGAUUUCAUAAGUGCAUGAUUAACAGUCUCUUAAUAAAUACAUCUCCAAGUUUUACCCUUGCGUGCGCAUUUCCCUAAUUUGCAUAUUCUAUUUAUAGAAUAAACAAAUAAAAAAUCCGUCAGAAUGAUAGUCCAUUCUAUGCAUUCACAUCAGUUAAGUUUAUUUUGUCCUGCAUCAUAGAGCCUUUUUGGAAAUUGAUUUUGUUUAAUGUUAGUGCUUCUAAGAAAUUUAGUGUUAAUUACCACCUUAAUCACGAUUUGUUUUUUGGUGGAAGAAAUAAAUGGGGCCCCUAAGAAAUACAAAAAAGGAUGUGGAGUUUGUGGGAAGACUUCCGAUGUAUAGUCUGAAAUUAUUGAAGAUGACACAGAAGUGAGGGCCAUAUCAAAAUUGCGUUUGUAUUACCUGAUAAGAGAAACAUUUAUGGCAAACUGUGUGUUGCAUGCAAUCAGGCGUUAUAAAAUGGAGGGAAAACUGAUUUAAAUGUAAAAUAUUUUCGCCUUAGUCUUGAUUCACCUGUAACCUUUUGAAUGUUUUACCUCUUUUGUAACAAGGCUCGGAACUUUUGAUAAUGUGCAUGAAUACUUUCAUGUGAUGGCAGAAAAUACUUUAAUGUGAGCUAUUCAAAGUUUAAUCUUGGAAGUGAGGCUGUAUAUACUUGAGGUAGCUAUUAAUUCAACAAACUUUAGACAUAUUCCCAAUUUUUUAUAUAAUCUCUAAUUUCUAUUUAUUCUCUUUUUCAAAGCAAUAUAGCUAUUUAAAAUGGGUAGCUUGGUGAAUUUUUCAAGGAGACAAAAGUGUCAUCAUUUGAUAUUGGAUAUCCCUAGGUGUUAAAUCACUCCAAACAAAAAUUACUUUAGAUCAAUCAAAUGCAUUUAAAGAUGCAUAUCUUGUACUUGCAAAUGUUACAAUCUAGCAUAGCAAAACUGUUCGUGAGCGUGCUAUUUUUUUGUUUAGAGUAUGCUACAAACAUCAAAUCACUAAUAUUCAGUUUACCAUUGGACACGCUUUCAAAGACAAUGGCAAAAUAUGAGGCUGAGGUUCCACCUUCCUUGACAAGCCAAUUCACUGAGCGAGUAAACAGAAGUGAGGCAAUCAAAAUCUGAAAGACAAGGCAAAUGGCAGUGACACAUCUGUAUCCUGAAGGUAAGCAAUGUUGAUGUUCAUUAUGAAACAAAGAGACUUUAUGUAAGUCAGACUCAAACUAUUUAUACAUAUAUAUUAACAUGAUGAGGCAGAAAUUUUGGCAUUAAGUCUAGCAUCCUUAGAAGUUUUUCAACAUACAGCUUUAAUUUAAUUUUCUAGCUGAAGAGCAAGAGCAGCUAUUGGCAAAUCAGAUGGUGGCUUCUGUUCAAACACCACAACAACCUCAAUGUUGCUGUCGACUCUGUGGCAAGCCUUGGCGAGGGCACCCACGCAGUGGAUGUAUGACAGAAGCAGAAGAUUAAAUAGCUAGUGUCUGAACAAGGAAUCUAAAAUGUAGUUCUCUUUUCCUAUCCUUUCAUUUCCAAAUGACCACAGCAUUAUAUCCAUUGAAAAAUUGUUAUGUUCCCAGUUUUAUUUACUCUUAUUUGGAAUCAAUCUUUAUAUAUAUACAUAUAAGCUAUUUGAAUUUUGAGACAAGUCAAUCCUGUUCUGGUUCUCUUUGUCUGGCAGUCUGAAAACCAUGCAGUACUCCAGUUUUGAAUUUGUCCCUUAUAAGGUGAUAAACACAAGAAGGAAGAGGUCUUGCAUUAUCAUGGCCCAAAUAGCCAAACAACCAGCAUACAAACCAUCUGUAUGCAACUGCACGUAGAAACCUGAGGAUAGUAACAGAAUUACCAACAGUUACUAAUCCUCUUAGAAGAAUGCCAAUAGCAAGAGACAGUAGUUAUUAAAUGUAUAUUUUUCGCAACAGAUUUUUAUUUUUAAAAGGGAUUUAAAUUUUUCCAGAUUUUACUGUAUAAUGAUUGAAUUCUAAAAUAAGAAGGUUGUGUUUGCACUUACUGGUUUUCAGAUUCAUUUGAUCUUUGCCUGUAUGGCUUACUCUCUCUUGUUUUGAACAAGGGGCCGGCGAGUUGAAGCACAGACUUAUUCAUAAGUGCUGCAAAAUUUGGAUGAUCUGUAACACAACCUUUCAGAUUCCUGCAUGCUUAGCUUUCCGAUUACCUGUGACACCUCCCAGCAGUAUCUAAACUCAUAGACAACAACAAGAUUCUCAGCCUUUCAUUUGCUACAUCGACACCUAAUAAAUUAAUAUAGGCCAUUACUUUACAUGCAUUAAAGCUUUGCUAUGCCUGUGGUCUUCGACGCAGGCCAUACUGAUGAUGAUUGCUAAUUUCGAUUUGAUGAAGGAAAAUAAUACUGAUAAUAUAACACUUCGAAAAUUAUGCAACUGAACAUUGAUGCAAUAUCACUAUUGAGAAAUAAGGCUACAAGUGACGCAGCAAUUUUUGUAUUGUACAACAGGACUAGGCCUAUCGUAGCUAGAAAUUCUGAUUCCGUGAUAGCAUGACAAAUAAAUUAAAUGCUGAAUUUAUGCUUCAUAUUAUAAACUUCAAGCUAAUUACCAAUCAUCCACUGCUUGGUUUCUAUCAAAUCUCUCUUCUAGAGUCUGCAAAGGAAUUGCGUUGAUGUCAGUCUCGUCAUUUUCCCCAUCGUCUUUGUCGCAGGAAGAUGCCAGUGGAUCAUCUUGAUAGGGCUGGAACAUCGUUUCAAUGUUCCCAUCUUCUAAAAUUUCUUCACUAACAUCUGAUAAAAUUUCCUCAUCAUAUGCAGCUGUGAACUCCGCAUCCGACAUUUCCUUACCAACAUUGACAAUUUUCCUAACUUUGCUGCACACUGCUCUGCCUCCUUUUGAGUAGGGAUCGAAAGCGUUGCAAAUUUAGAUACGUCACUAUCAGAAUACGUCACUAUCCCCAGACUCUUUUCGAAAAACCUCCCAUGAUAAAACCCCCCAAUAAAUGGCCUUAUGCACCUUAUUUUGAAAAGAUUCUUGCAGAUUAAGAAUCAGCAAUCUUUACUGCCUCAGAAAUCGAAUAACAAUUUUUUUCGAUUUUUCUUGUCAGUAGCGCUUUAAUAUAUCAUACAAAGACAUAUAUAGAAAGAGGUAUUAUACAUUAAUGACAUUGGGUAAACAAUAGUUUUUGAACCCAAUCCCUUUUUCAGGCAUUGCUACAAUUAUGUCUUAUAUAUUAUUGUUCUUAUUGACAUUAUAGCAGUUCAUAGUAGAAUAGCCUUGUCAUUCUUUCAGUGUUGUCCAUUCAAGCUGUUUCAUCUUGGGUCUUUAAGUCUUUAUUUUCCAGUGAGAAACCUUUUAGUCUAGUUCUUUUUUACAAAAAUUAUUGCUCUUAUUGACAUUAUAGCAGUUCAUAGUAUAAUAGCCCUUGUCAUUCUUUCAGUGUUGUGCAUUCAAGCUGUUUCAUCUUGGAUCUAUAAGUCUUUAUAUUUCAGUGAGAAAAAAAUGUAUUCAUUGUACUUAUAUCUUAAUAACUUAGAGAUGGAAUGCUGAUAUAAUUCUUAUUUCCAAUUUAACUGUCUUCUUUUUUUCUUUGGGGAAUUUUCUCAACCACCAUGUAAGUAUAAUUUUAAGCCUCGUUCAACUCUCUUUGUAAAGUACUCUGGCAAGACAGCUCUGCAGUAAAAGGAUUUUAAUUGUGGCAGACAAGAAUUUACAAAAUGUUCAUCAUAAAAAAUAGAGCAAAUGAAUAAUGGUUCUUGAUCUCCGAACCAAACAACAAGGUCCACUCUCUUCAAACCUGAACAAAACAUUUGGGUUUAAAUUUGAUAAUAAUAUGGAUGGCUUCUCUUCAACUGCACCUCUUUCUUUUUUGUUAAAAAUUUAUUUUUGUCAUCCGAAGCUUCAGUAAGAGUUGAUUUAAAUUUAGAGAAGGGACAUGAUCUCAAGUCCCCAAGAAUUUUCUUUAAAUUUCACAAUUCCAUCCAAAGAAGCAGCUAGGUAUGGAAAAGAUGUGCACACGGUUAGGUCAGGCUUAUCAAUUAUCAAUCCUUCAUAGCCACCUUGAAUCAUCUGCUCCCUGUACAAUUAACGCACAUGUGGCUCAUUAAAUUUGCCAUGGUCAGUACUGGCAGAAGAAAAGGAAGAAUAGUACAUGGAUUUCAGCUUUGAGGAUGAAUCCACUGAGUUGACAAUAGCAGAAUGAAAGUUUGAGGCUGUAAUGCGGUAUAAUCUAUGAGACUGCCAGUGUUCAUUUGCUGCUUGACCACAAGUAAUAUGUUCAAUUCUCUGGAUUUCAUCAUUACUAAUGUAGAGAUUUGAAAGACAAUAAUAAUCCAUCAUCUCUUUGAAAGCAUUACAAGAAAUAUCAUAUGCAUCACUGAAAGGUCGAGGUUCUUGAAAAUCAGUUAGCAUAACAGUAGAAUUAGCAAAUUGUGAAAUUAAAGAAGGAACAGUUUCAGUGAUAAUUGUUUGCUCAUUUGGUGACUGUGAUUCUUCCAGAGAAUGGAAUGCAAGAAAACAGCUAUUGGAUAGGCAAGACGCAAGCUUUGAUUGUAACUCUUGAAGGCUUUUCUUAUUGACUUGUUGAUCUGCUGGCCUAAUGGGAUCAACAAAAGAUACUUUGGUUGAUUAGAUUUAUCAUUAUCUUUGCCAAAUCUAAUUUUUUUUAAAUAUCUGUUUCUUCAAUUGAGACAGGUGAGAUUCACACAAAAGAGGUAGGAACAUUCCAUGCAGAUAAUCUGGAAGUGCAAGAUACAGGCUCUGGGCAGUCCUGGUAUCCUUUUCUGUUGAAAUCCUCCAAGGCAAAAAUAACACCUCCAACAUGAUUGCAGUUACCAAAACCACCCAGGCCUGCACCAGCAGGGCAUGUGCAGGCUGCACAGCAAACAUCUCCAGAAGUAUUCGAAUGGAUGACAAGGACCUUGUACAGUGUUUUUUCAUAGAAGCUUUCAUGGGGACAUCAAAAAAGUGUAACUAUUAUCCCUUGCAACCGAGAAAUGUUUAAUGUAGCCUUCAUAAAAGAACUGGAAAGCUUUUAACUUCUUGUAGGCUGUACUUUUCAACUUAAUAUGCCUAAAUUUCGUUCCGCCCAAGGUCAGAGGACCAAGGCAAAUGGCUGCAUUUUGAGGAACAUAUGGCAUUGUAUGUACACCCAGCGUCUCCUUUAACCAGUCCAGGCUCAGAUGUACUUACAGCACUGCUUUCUUCCUGCUCUAAUAGACAAAAACUGCAUAAGCACAGAGAAUUAGAUCAGCCUUGACACCGGAGACCUUCUCUUUGUAGGCCAACAAAACUUUCUUUAGCUCUUUCACAGUCAGUAUUGAGAAAUUCUCAAAGCAGGAAACCGCCCCUGUCAGGUAACAAGGAAAUAAAUUGAUCCAUAUCCUUGAUGCGAAAAUCGAUGAAAAUCUUUUAUAAAACGGCAAUGAUAUAUCUAAAAAACGCAUCUAUGCAAUGGUUGAUCUUCGAUUAUCUGUGCCGAAACAACUUUAGCUUCGUUUUGGUAUUUAAGCCAAUUCAAUGUGAAAGGGGUCUAUUACUGUUUUUGCCUGGUAGACAUUGGGCGCAAUGAGGGAGAUAACGAUGCCUCAAUUUGUGCAUAGUCAGAGAUGAGUAUGGUUUUCAACAACAAUGAAAUUGAUUUCCCAGAACCUAAAACAGUAAAUGGUUACAACCUACCACAGGUGUUGGUGGGAGAUGGAAUAUUCAAGUUGAAGACAUGGCUAAUGAAGCCAUAUCCAGGGAAAGACCUUGCACCAGAUAGAUCAAUUUAAAAUCAUGUCUGUCAAGAUGCCGGAGAACAAUAGAAAAUACAUUCAACAUUUUUUCUGCCAAAUUGCGCAUAUUUAGAAGACCCAUCCGUGCAAGCAUCACCACAGUUGAAAGAAUAAUCAAAGCCUGUGUGUGCUGGCACAACUAUCUCAAGCAGUUGGAGAAUGCCAAUCACACACCUGGGGGAUUUGUUGAUUUAGAAUAUGCAAAUCGAAACUUUCUUCUUGGCACUUGGAGAUCUAUUGUAUCAACAGAUGAGUCAGCUUUACACUCCAUUAAGAAAAUAAGUUGCAAUAACUUCAGCAAAAGUGCAAGAGGGAAAGUUUUAAGACAUACUUCAAUAGCAAAGCUGGCUCAGUUUCCUGGCAAAAGAAACAUGUAGAAAGUUGUGGUGAGACUUUAAUAUAAACUGCAUAAACAAAAUGAAUCAAUUAAACAAAACUGUAUCAAUAUUAUUUGUGUUUAGCUCAAAUCAGCGUAUAUCAAAUGAUUAUUGCUACCAUGUGUACUUGCUUCUGGUGCAGCCUUUUCUGGGAAGGCCACAUGUUUACCUGGUGUCUGAAAUGGCACUGCAGUUAUUAAGAAAUUGGGUUUUUGUCAUUGCUUGCAUUCUCAUCUUCACAAGUUUCCUUGCAGGAUAAAAUUUCAUCUUAAUGGUCAAUUGAUGAUCUUGUAUUCACAGAGUCCAGAAUACCACAUUCACGAGAAAUUGCUACACCAUCAAUGCUCCACUCAAACAGGUCCAAGACAAAGCAUGCAGCUCCAGUCGGGAUCACUGCAAUCAAACACUUCAAGGUGGAGUGGUUUUUAUAUGAAGAGUGUAUGUUUCCUUGUUGACAAUAGUCACUUGCCAUCUGGCAAUAAAAUUCUAUGGAGCACCUGACAUUCUUAAAAUAUCCUUGCAAGGAAACAUUUCAUAGUUGUAAUCCUUGAAGUGAUGAAAAAGAAACUGGAUCCAUGUUAUAAAAAAUUAUGAUUCUCUCACUAAGGUUAUACAUGUUAUAAUUGGUUGUCACAUUGAAGCCCCUACGGAGAAUUAACAAGGUGAGGAAUAGCUGCUCCUUGGCCGAGAGAUUUUGUGGGGCACCAGACCUGUCCCCAGCUUUGCUUUCAGUACAACCCUAGAAUCUUAGUUCAUACUUGACUUCUCCAAGAAAAUUGAAUUACAAAUUUAGUUGUACAGGAUCAAGACUAGAAAAAUAUUUACAUUUCUUGUCAUCUGCAACAAAAUUUUCACAAGACAUCAAAUUGGCAGGGCUCCACUUUACAGAAUCAGAAUUUGUGGCUUCCAAAAUGAUCUGAUUCUUGGAGAUCAUGGUUUUCACUUUAGCUCCCAAGGUAUAUUUGCAGUAAAUUGUCUUUGUUGACUUGUCCUGCAGGUAGUUACCAACACCGUCUUCAUCCUUGACAGUCCCCAUCAUAGAAUCAGAUUUUUCAAAUUGAAACCCUGUUUCAUUCAAGUCGGUGAUAUUUUCUUCCUGGCAAUCCUUAUUUAGAUCAGAAGGACCCAACACGCGGCUUUCUCUUGCUUGUUUCGUUCUCAAUCGCUUAGCCCCAUGGAUUAAACGUCCCUGCACUUCCUCUCUUGUUAGGGUAGCAAGAACAGGGUCAGGGUAAUCAUCUGUUGGACCCUUGCCCCGUAAAUAUAUGGUGCAUAUGUCCUUCUUAAUAUCUGACAGGCUACAAAAGUUUUUCCUGCCACAGGCAUGAAGCCAUCUUUUUGCUUUUUCGGUCUUUUCCAGCUCCUGUUUUUUCCCACUCAGUUAGGCUAUCUCUCAUGGUUCCUGGCUCUCAAAAACUCGGUUCCCUCAGGCAAUUAUUCCCUGUAUCGUGAAUCCAAUUUGGAUGUUCCCCAACAGCAGUGUUUUUUAGCACCUUUUCUAGAUCUUUUGGCAACGUCCAUGACGAAAAUAAAAAACCACAAACGAAAACUAUCUAACUUAUGUUGUGGAACCUUUACAAACAUCCUACGAAAGAAAAAUGGAAGUGUAUCAUUUAAAAGAAAAAGAGAUUACCCAUAGGAACAGUUUUUACUUGUGCUAAUGCGAUUAAGACUUGGAUUAAUGAAUGAUGAUUUAACUGAAAGAUUUAUUAUUUCUCCUACAGUAUGCUCAAACAUAUUUACAACAUGGAUCAAGAUGCUUGAACUACUUCUUGGAAAUAAAAUUGGAGGAGUCUCGACAAUCUCCAAUUAGAGUUCUACGAGCCUCCUCAUAGCAUCAAGGUCACUGUUCUUGCACAGUUUAUUAUGUUCUGAUGUCAGAUAUCUUCUGGUCACAUGAUCCAAUCCGCUAUUCAAAAAAAUAAAACAAUAGUACCUAUAAAACCCUCCACACCCUAGAAGCUCCUCAGUAUUUACAGAGAACAGGUUGUUUUAUGCUGGCCCUAUAUCAAGGGAAGGGUGGGAGGGAGCACAUUGACCUCGAUGCUACGAGGAGGCUCAUAGAUCUCUAAUCGGAGUUCGUCGAGACUCCUCCAAUUUUUAUUUCUACUUCGUCUCCUCUCCGCAUCGAAGUCACUGUGCUUGCUCAGUUUAUUGCGUUAUGAUGUGAGACUUCAAAGGUGAGGGCCAGUGGAAAACACUUGAAGUCAGAGAAAAACAACGUAAUAUCGAGAGCAUACCUCAACAACAAUUGAAUAAAAACAACUCCAUUAACGGUAAUAAGUAAAAUUGAAAGGAUAGUGCAUUAACGAUAUUGCACAACAAACCGAUUUUUCAAAUGUCAUUUGAUAAUCAGCACAAAGCAAUUUAUUGUUAUCAUAGAUGCUAUUCAAAGUCCUUGACAAGAAACUCAUAAACCAAAAUGCGAGAAACUUGAGAGUUAUCUUUGAAAGAAUUUAAGCGAAAAUAAUGUUGAUUAACUGUUUUUGGUGACGACCAAUUUCCUCCAAACAAUACAGCAUCCAAUGGAGCAUUAGCGCUACGAGCACCUCAAACACUGUGAGCUCCAAACAGUUUUGUAUCAAUUCCAGCUUUUGGAGAACACCUCGAAUCCAGCAAGCGAUAGUAUCAGUUGUAACUGGUUGAUGCGGUGGAGUACAAGCUAAAAAUAAACAAUCUUUCAGUCUAUUCUCAUCGUUACAUUUGCGAAAGGAAUGAGUUUUAUCCAAAUAAAGUUGGAGUAAUUUGGAUGUUUCCAGAGGAUCCUCUUCAUAGAGACUUGGUAAAGUAAUCGUAAAGCAAGGUCUUUUACGUUGAACUUUUAAGUCCUCGAAUAUGUAUAUAAAUGUUGUGCUAUUGUCACAUUUGAUGUUCCUGGAAUCAAUUAAAGAGAUCGUGUUUACUCGUUGAAUUGACAAGCAGGUAAGCAAGGUUACAAGUUUUGUUGUUAAAUCACAUAACGGAGAACAUUCGUUCACUUUCCAAUUUCGCAAAAACAGCAGUAAGACAUGAGCAUUCCAGGUCACCAGAUAUUUUGGAACAGGUGACCUUAAAUUUUGAACCCCUUGUAUAAAUCUGGAAAAAAGUGGAUGUUCUCCAAUCUUUUUAUCGUUAACAGAUAAAGUUACAGACAGCGCACUACGUGCUUUAUUAAUUUGUGAGUAGCUUAGAACCUUCUUGUCAAGUAAAGUUAAAAACUCGAGAAGUUGAUAGACAGUGGGUGGAGAUAUACAAUAGUUUCAUUCGCUACAAAAUGUAAACCACUGUCUGUCAAACCACCGACCGUCAGAAUUGACUUGUAGCUGUUUUGAGUUCUUUCUUUCAACUUGCUUUGAUGACAUCGAUAGUCUUUUCAGAAAUUUGGUCAUUAGGGAGCUGUCUGUUGAUAAUUUGCAGCCCAUCAAUUUCAUCUUUGGAAGGAGUGGGUGAACUAACUCCAGUUCGCCUGGGCAGCUAAGAAACAAGGGGAAAAAAGGAAUUUCAGUUGGAAAAUCGACUAAUAAUUGAGCAAGGUAUGGAAACCAUGGUUGGCUUGGCUAAAAAGGGCAAACAAGCAACACAACACAACAAUUUUCAAUAAUCUUAUUUACGACUUUGCUUAUCAAAUUGAAUGGUGGAAGCGCAUAACCAUAGUGUCCUGUAAUGUAGUUGGCCAUGUUUAACAGCCAUGAAUGAGGAAACUAACAAUCCAAUACGCUGUGUGACCUGAUCUUAUCACUGAUUGGUUCAAAUUGGUUGCUAUGCAUUACGUGGUAAACAAGCCUUAGUUCCUCAAGGCGAAGUAUUACUAGGAAGUUUAAACGUCUGAGAAAGUUCAAAAAUGCCAAAAUAUUGCUGCGUUUAUGGGUGUUCCUCAAGUGGAUAUGAAGCCAACAGAUCAUUUUAUCUAACUUGAUAGGCUUAACUUGAGAGGUCAAAUGGAAGCUCAAGUGAAACCAAGGACAAGUCCAUCGUCGAAGAAAGCCAUGGAGCCUCUAGAAAGCGUAGGCCAACCCUCAUUUGCAUCAAGUUGGACUGAUAGUACUUCUACUUCAGGCAUACUUACUGAUGAAAUUAAUCUAGAACUUGAGUCUGAUCCCAAAGAAAAAGAAAUUGCAACAUUAAAAGCAGAAUGUGAUGAUGCUAUAAGGAAACUUAAUAUUUUAGCUCAAGACUAUGCAGAAAUGAAGGUAACUAAAUUCAGUGAGCAAAGUAUGCCUGAUGCGGUAUUGCAGAUGUAUACAGUGCUUGAAAGGAAAGUAUUUAAUAUCUUGUGCAAACAUAUUGAAAAAGUCCAACCCAAUAGCUACUUCACUGGUAAACGAGCUACAUCAUUAUCACUAAAAGAUCAGCUACUCUUGUGUCUCAUUAAACUCAAGCAAAACCCAACUGAUUUGAAUUUGGCGUUUAGAUUUGCAAUUUCAAGGAAAACAGCUCACAACAUUUUCAUCACUUUUCUGAAUGUCUUUUAUGAAUUCUUGUACAUAGCAAUCAUGAGUAGGAAAAUACUUACACUGGAGCAAAAUAAAUGCAGCCUACCUGGUUCAUUUGAAAAAAUUUCAUCAUGUAGAAUGACCAUAGAUUGCACAUAAAUCAAAAUACGUGUGAUACAGAAGGUCUAAUCUGGAUGCUAUUGCCCAAACCUAUAGCAAUUACAAGAGCAAUUACACAGCAAAAUUUUUAAUUGGGGUAGCCCCAAAUGGCACCAUAACAUAUGUUAGUGAUGCAUACCCUGGAAAUACCAGUGAUAAAGCAAUAACAUCUUCCUGUGGUGUGUUGGAUGUAUUCAAUCCAGGGGAUCUCAUCUUAGCUGACAAAGGUUUCACUAUCCAUGACAUAAUACCCCAAGGAAUUCAUUUAAACCUUCUCCCAUUUUUGUCGGGAAAGCAAAAGAUGCAAUUUUCCAAUGAGGAUAGCAUAUACACAAGGAAUAUUGCUCUUGCAAGGAUACAUGUUGAGAGAGCCAAUCAAAGAUUUAAAACAUUUAGAAUUUUAGACUCCUUACCAGCACAUUAUCGGCUGCUAGCAACAAAAAUUGUCCGAUUUGCAUGUUGCUUGGUAAAUUUGCAAUCUCUACUCAUAGCUAAUGUCAUUCCAAAUUUUCAGUAGACAGAACCUUUUCCAGAAUUUUUCCAUAAUAUCAUCAUAAUAAGAAUGUCAUUUUACAUAUGUGAAUAGGUGUAAUGGUAGGUUGAAUUACUUAAGGGCAAGCCUGUCACUCAUAGGGGAAAUCCCACAUGAUAUGGGGAUUUGUAGCCAAUGUCAGAAAUAGGGAAUCCCUAUGGGGAUUUUUGUAAAGAUAACAUAGGGUUUUUCAAAGAACUGAUUAAUCUCACAAAAUAUAGCAGUUUUUACUGAAUAAAACAACAGAGCAGAAUUAUAUUUCCUGAAAUAUUUAUAGAAAUAAUGGAAGCAUGUUAACUCUGGAGCUGUGUAGACAUACAAAUGUUGGCCUUGGAGUUAACAUGUUUUCUUUCCUUAAUACCACACACUGACAAAUGACACUGAAAUUGAAUAGCCUUCCAUUUUGACCCACACAAGUGACAUAUUAUUAUGAAGAAAAAAAACAUUUUUACAGCAGACUUAUGAAGGAGAAAACAACACCUAAUGAGUGGCAGCCCUGCUUAAGGGUUACUAAUAACAGUUUGGUAAAAGGUGUUCGAAAUAAAAUUUCUCUAAGAUUUCAAUAUUGGGCAACCACGCAACUUCCUUAGGUAUUUUACAAAUGUGCGUAUCUCUUAGCGUCCAGACUACAAAAUCACACCAAUCUUUAUCAGCAGCAGUAUUUGAUGGUAUUAAUUGUGCUCUUUAUUGAUUUCCAGAGCCUCUUUCAAACAAAACUGCUUUAAGGUCUUGUUUUCCUUCUCAAACAAGAUAGCUUGUGGUAUGAGCCUGUCUUUGUGUUUUGCCAAGCAUUUAACCUCCAAGAGACCUCUAUCACCAACAUAUCCAUCUGUCCUAUAUAUCUUUGUGUCCUAUUUAUCUACCAGAAUGACAUGCCUUUAGCACUCUCCCAAAAUUGCUAAAAAAUAAGAAACACACUCUUUAGUUGCCAUAAAGCCAGAUAUAUUCAGAUUAUAACAAACAUAAUAGGCACAUUAAUCAAGAAAGGCCUUUUCUUAGAGAAAUAAAAAACCAUGGGAUAUAGGUAAAAUAGCAAAAGGUAUGUCAAGUUCAAUUUCAGGUUUUAAGUAGUAAGAAAAUGUUUACCGUCAAUCCUUAGUAUCUUACCUUGCUGCUAAUCUUAGGUGUCUUAAUUUUGACAAAAGUGGGUUGUUUCUUUGAUCUCGUGUUUGCUCUUCAACUUUCUUUAUUUGUUCCUCUGAGCAUGUCAAUUCCUCUUUGAGAGAAGGCACGUCUAGAUGCAGAAGGUCCCGCACGAAUGAAGGAAGUCCAGAUUUGUCGUUAAGCUCUAACGUAGGACUUAUAACCCAUGCCGUUCCACAUUUAUGAUCAGCAUCCAUCAGAGAUGAGUGGAAAUCCAAAAUGUCUUCUUCGCUUACAGGUUUAUUCAAUGCCGUAUAUCCUGGUUUUGAUUUUGAAAACAAAUCACUGAAAAGUAAUGUCCCCUGCUUCAGCUUUUUUUUGGAUGUUUGAUCCAUGAGGCAGGAACAUCCGUUUUUGAUAUACCAACUUUCUCAGCAUAAAUCAACGCAGCCACCAUGUGCGAGCAAAUCCAUUUACCUCUAGGACAUUCCCAUUGUGUUUCAGCAAUACCACCUGAACUUUUCAAGUUUACCAUGACUUUGUAAGUCUUAUCUUUCAUAGUCGCUUGUACUUUUGCCGUAAUUGUUAGCUUGCCCAAGUUAAAAUACAAAACUCUCCUGGAUUUAAAUUUGUCCUUGCCUCUACGAAAUGUGUUGAUAUCAUCAUGAAAGUGAUUCAAGAUGUCCGCGAGUGAGAGCAAAUCCAUAAAAGUACCAGUUGGCCCGAGGAAAGGGAACUUUGAAAAAUGACAUGCAAGAAUGAACAAGUUUAGGAACAUCAACUACAACAUUCGUUACCCCGUAACCCAUAGUAACUAGGCUACACGUCAAGGUCGGACAGCGUAUAACCUGUGCUAAGGGCCUUAUGGAUAUGCGAUUGGUCGUAAUAAGAUCCUUACAAGAGCCGAUAAUCUUUGCUACUUUUUCCUCCGGAAGAGAAACCAUUUGAGAAAGGGAAUUUAUUUUAAAACCAAGGUGAACAAUUUCCACUGAGGGUUUUAAGCUCGAUUUUUCAAGAUUUAUUGUAAAACUGAGGCUUUCAAGUAACGUGUUCCAACUGUUCACCUUUUGCGUGUUUAAUUCGGCUUUUUCGUAAGAUUUGUUGACGUAUAGCGAAUCAUCUAAAUAAUACGAACACGGAAUUCCCUCUUGGCAAGGUCUGGAGAAAAUUUCCCAUUUUCUUUGGACAAAGAAAGAUACUGGAAAGAAUUUGUCCUUCGGUAGGAAUAACCUGAGUAAUUGCUCCAUUUUUUAGCAGAGUUUGAACUUUGAUGUAUAUUAGUGACAUUUCUUCAGAAGAGAAAUUUAUUGGUCGAGGAGCAAAUUCGGUCAAUGGCGUAACGAGCUUGAGCUCAAUGCCUUUAAACUCAUAGACUCCCGUUGUUGCCAUCUGGCGUGCUUUGUUGUGAGGUGUUUUAUCCCCGUUGUUGCCAUCUGGCGCGCCUUUGUUUUCAGUCUAGCAUCCCCGUUGUUGCCAUCUGGCACACCAAUUUUCACUGGCUAAUAUCUUCAAAACGUCAAAUUUGAUUGGCUUAUAAUAUAAUGAGUGAUAAAGCUUAUUGUCUAGGCAUUACAAUGAUUGUUUUGCUUUGGUGGUUGCUAAUAGCAAUUUUAAAGUUAUUUGCGAUCCAAACAUCAGCGGUUGAACUUUUCGAAUUCCGUUCGAUUUCCCGUAAUGGACGCCAAUCUUGAAGAUCUUUUUGCCGAAACUAGCAGCGACAAUGUAAGUUUUUACGGAUUUACGGGGGAGGAAUUAGGUAGAAGGCAAGAGGAAAAUGAUGACGAUAUAUCUGUUGGCGAAAUAUCGAGUGAAGAUGGAGAGGAUGAUGAUGAAACAGCAGAGUGGCCUGACGUAGAGGUUGCCGAGUGGACUGAUAUUUUGCAGCCUGUUUUCAUCCCGCCAUUCAACGAGGAAAUAGGACCUACACAAGAGCUUGAGGAAACAUCAAAAGAAAUUGACUUUUUUCCUCUAUUAUUUGAGAAAAACAUUUACAGAAGGUUGGCAGAAGAAACAAAUAGACAUGCCCAGCAGUUACAGACUGAGCCAACAACCCCGGACAAAAUCCAAACAUUUAUUGGAAUGCGGGUUUACAUGUCAGUAGUAGACCUACCAGAGCUUCGGAUGUACUGGUCAGAAGACAAAUUUUUUGGGAAUUUUGGAAUUUCCGAAGUUAUGCCCAGACUGCGCUUCGAGAAACUCUCCCAGUAUUUCCAUGCAAAUGAUCGAGCAGGGUACAACAGGCAAGACCCCAAUCGGGAUAAGCUGUAUUUGAUUAGGCCUAUCCUUGAUUUGGUGCUUGCUGCUUGCUUGAACAGCUAUCAUCCACACAGGGAUGUUGCAGUUGACAAAGCCAUGAUAAAGUUUCGUGGUUCACUUGGCUUCAGACAAUACAUGCCAGCAAAGCCAAUAAAAUAUGGCAUAAAGGUUUGGGCCCGUGCAGACAGUUGAAACGGCUAUGUCAGCGAGUUCGAGGUGUAUGUGGGGAGACCAGCUGGUGGCCAACGGGAAGUUGAUUUGGGACGGAAAGUUGUCUGUAAAUUGACAGAAAAAAUAAAGGGAAAGAACCACCAUAUUUAUUUUGACAAUUAUUUUAAUGGAAUAAAACUCCAUGAAGACUUGUUAGCGAACAAUUUAUAUAGCUGUGGCACCGUGAGAGCCAAUGCUGCUGGUUUACCCCAAGCAAUGAAGGGCAAGCGGGGGAGUAUAAAACUUGCUCCUAGCGAGUCAAAAAUAUGGCAGAAAGGCAUGGUAUCUGCUAUGUUAUGGCAAGAAAAAGCCAAAAAAAAAGCCCGUUAAAAUUCUAGCUUCCAAUUUUGACCCAUCUCAGCCAGAGACAUUUGUCAGACGAAAGCAAAAAGAUGGCCAGUACAAGGAGGUUCCAUGCCCUGUGCCUGUCAAAGCUUACAACGAAAAUAUGAAUGGCGUCAACAGAAGUGACCAGAUGAGGACGGCUUAUUCAUCUGCCAGAACCUCCAAAAGAUGGUGGAUUUAUCUGUUUUGGUUCCUAAUUGACUUAUCAAUUUCCAAUGCCUUGAUUUUGAUGCGGGAGUCAAGAAACCACAAACUGGUCACUCGUGCCGGCAGACCCAAGGAAAGGUCACUGAUUAACUUUAGAAAAAACCUUGCGGUACAACUUAUAGGAGAAGAAAGAAAUGGGAGAAAGAGAAGUACAAGGCCUGAUAUUUCUGGUGAUGGACAUUGGCCAAAGAAAAUAGAAACGAAAGGGCGAUGUAGAAAUUGCUCGAGGAGAAACGCGAACGGACAAUUGCAAUUUAUUUGUACUAGAUGUAGCGACCUUGACACCGGGAAAUUAGUUUAUCUUUGCGUUUUAAAUAAGGAUUGUUUCUCUCUUUUUCAUACAAAUAAUUAAUAAUUUUUUUAUUUCUAAAUAUAGUUUUAUAUUUAUAUCAUCUCUUUUCGGUUUGACAUAAUUCUACAAUAACACCUAACAAACAUCAUAGUGAUAUGUAGCUUCAGUAAACUCUACUAACUUUGAAUAAGAAUAAUGCCAGAAAUAUGACUUUUAAUAAUAUAAUUUUGUAUCAUUAAAAAGAUUAAUCUUUAACAAAUACUUUUGUAAUACUUCAUUUUUUGAUUGGAUUUGAGGAACAACCCGAAAGUUUGAAUUUAUGACUGAACACUCUAAUUUCAUUUGUUUACUUGACACCUGCUGGGGAUACAGAGCUGGAAGGUGGCUUCUUUGAGUAGGGAUACAAAGCACAAUUGACCACGCAUUCAAUGGGAGUCUAUGAGUUAAUGAGAUUUAGAACAAAUUUGUUCGUAGUAAUUUGACAUCAAUUUUAAUGAAAAAAUUUAGUGCGAGAAGUUACCUCAUUUAUUGAUUCUUGGUGUUGUUUUCGUGUUGCAGGUGACGCUGUGGACGUCGAUGAAAUUUGCCCCUUCCUGAGGGGCUGUGCCAGUUUAAAUUAUUUGCUUGGAAAUUUUCUCUGCCACUAUACGGUUUCCCGCAACCUGGGAACCGGUUCUGGCUUGGUUUAUUUGGGUUUUUUAGCAUCAUUCUGGAGAACUUUGCCCCAUCGGUCAUUUCCUUGACCGCGUGUGUGCUGCUUUAUGUAAUAUUCAGCCUUCUUUAAUUAGAAAUCCAUGUAAAAACAAGUGAACUUUGAACUGACAGACGUGAACAAGUUAUUCCAAAAAUGUUAUCCAGGAGACUUUGUCAAUUUUGAGAAAUCAUUUGUUUCUUUGUUUAUUUCAUCUUUGUUUAUUUUAUUUCAUCAGACAAGUUUCUCGUCAAAACUGCCAUGGGGUGUCCUGACAUCGAAGGAACAGGCAGAUAAAUCAGCUGAGGCCGUCUGUACUUGGCACUGACUGAAAUAUUUGUGUUUUCUGUUUAGAAAAAUAUCCUCCUCAUUCUUUCUUAGACCCCGUUUACACUAGAGUGUUUUAUCCGGAUAAAUUUUCAUCCGGAUAAAAAUUUAUGCGGAUAGGCUCUCCGUCUACACGAGCGAAUUUUAUCCGUGUAGAUAUUUAUCCGCUUUGCCGUACAAAUAUUUAUCCUGCUACGAAAGCGAAUAAAUUUUUGUCCGGAUAGAAAAUUAUCCGGCAAAGGGGAGUGUAAACAGUUUUAUCCGGAUAAAUUUUUAUACGCAUACACAGUGAGGCUAUUCUGUUUCAUAUUGAGACCAUUUAAAUAUGAUAACGAAACGGCGCAAGAGAAAAAAUUGGCGCACUUUUGUUAAUAUUCCAUGUCAUUUUCGCUGUUUCUUGAACUAUCAUGGAUGAAAGUUCACUUCAAAACAUCACACUAUCUCUGUGUGCAUUUUGAAGCUCUGUAGCUGCUGCAGCAAGGCUAAACGCUCUGCUAGCUGUUCUAUCUGAGAGAUCCUAUAGAGUUAGCCAACGCAACUUGGAAUCAAUAGUUGACGAUAGCAAUUCAUGGCUACAAAGAAUAAGUCGUAUCGUAUUCUCAAAGCUUCAAGAAGAAAUCGACGACCUCGCUGGUUCUGGGAAAGACCUUGGAGCAGCAAAGCAGUUUCCUAAUCUGUCCAUGUGAAGUUCUUAUCAGCCUUCUUGCUACUUCCUGUCGAUGUCUCCGAUUUCUUUGGCCUUGUCGACUUUAUGACAGAAAUAUGAACGUGUUCACUCUGACAUCAAUGAAAAUUAUUUUCGCGCGUUCUUAAAUCAAGUGAUGUGCGCAUGCCCAAUUAAAAAACUCACCAUUUAGUUUCACCGUGUAAACGGAGGGGCUAAACGAAUAAAAUUUUAUCCGGUACAACGUAAACGGAUAAAAAUUUAUCCGGAUAAAAAUUUAUCCGGAUAAAACACUCUAGUGUAAACGGGGUCUUAGAAAUAGCAGCUCAACUGUAGGGUCUAUAGAAGUUGUAUGUCUGAUUGAAAACGUACACUUGACUUCCAAACAUGCUUUCCCAUAACAAGAACAUUCGAUAAUUUGGUCUGGACUACCAAUUAUGAAUAGAAGCUCUUUGUAAAGAAACAAACCACACUCAGUAACUGUCACAUCGCUGUGAUUCUUUUUAAACUUUGAAUGAAGCAAUUUACUGCAUCAUUUUCCAUGCAUCUCCUAUAUUGCAGAGCUGGCAAAUUUGGAUCUACAUUUUUUUUCCUUGAGAUCUUAUUAAAAAUAGAAGUGAGGUCUAUUUCAUAUUUCGAUGAAGAUGCUUUUUGCAAUGUGCUGAACCUUGUUUUAACAUCAUCAGCUUUUGUAGCAGUGACGACAAGCUUUCUAAAUAUAUUCCAACUAGGGUUCUGAUUUUGGCCUCUGGUCAAUUCCUCAACAGCUUUUAAAUUUUCCACAGUGAAAUAUUCAGACACCUUUGCCAAGAAGUUUUCUUCGCAGGUAGAAUUAGCAAUAAUAGUUUCAAGGGAAUCAUCUUGAAAAGCAUCAGGUUCAAGGGAAUCAACUUGAAUUGCACAAGAGUUCUCUGCAGGUGUAACUGUGAACAAGAUAGAAUCUGAUCACACACACAGAUCCCAAAGCAGCAGCAACAUCAUUUAAAUUAAAUUUGUAGUUACUUUUAGUGAUAGGGUUAAAGUUUCGCUUCCGGGCCGAAUUCAAUUUAACCAGCUUUUUCCCUUGCUUUUAUAUACUAUAUCUCUAAAGCUUCAAGUCUUUUACUUCUACAGGCUCAACAGCUUUAGUAUUGGGUAGCCACUGGCAUGCUGUACAAGUACAAGAUGGGUUAUUUAGACCCAUUCGAGACGCUGAUUCGAUUAAAAAAAGAGCCGCUGCUACAUGGUUGCAUUUUUGUGACAUACCAGACAUAAAUUUACAAUGAGUUGUUAUUAUUUUGCCUGAUUCAUUACUGAGGCAAAGCCACAACUUGCGAGGAACAUCAUUUAUUCUUGCCAAUGGUCUGCAUGUUUCCCUUAGGAGACCAAGUUUUCUAUCUCCAUUUAUGCCAUGAAAUUGCAAAGGUGCUAGCCAUCCUUGAGAGAUGUAACUGUAGGCUUUUGAUGUCUUGUAGUCACUAAGGUCAGUACUGGCAAGCUCAUUUGGGUGGAAAGCAAGAAAAUUGAAAAUGUCUGGAUAGAGAGUAACUGGCCAGUAUCGAACACUAUCUUCUUCACUCAGCCAGCCAUGUGUCAACAUUAGUGGGUCUGGUAUUGGGUUUCCAGCAACAAACAACUUUGCUGCAUAUUCUUCAGCAGUCUCAGGCUGGAAAGCAUCGCUGAUUUUUCCACAAGCACAUUGUUUUCAACGGCAACGAAAACUCUUGCCACUAAUUCUUCUUUCUUUCCUGUUACACGCAAUCCACGAAGUUGUAAAAAGUCUUUCAACUCUUCAACUUUUAGUGCAGAAAUCCUGGUCAAAUCCAUUACGAUUGGUAGGCCACUACAACAACACAACCAAAUUUUCUGUGAAUUGUCAGAGCUUCUUACCCAAAACAGUUUUCAAAAAAACUCUUCCAAAGAUAAAAAAUCACAAAUCAGCAAGUAGGAGCAAAUUCCAAAUGAAAACAGCAGUUGGAAACGAAGAAAAAUCUCUUGACAAUCAAGUACAGCACACCAUUUUCAUCAGUAUUCACAUACAAAGCCAAAAAUCUUUCACCCCAAAACUAGCCCCAGUCCCUGGAACAAAAUGAGGCCGCGAUCCGUUUAAGUUGCAUAUUCAUGAUGUUGCUGAAAAUUGAAAUAGCAGAUCAAUGAUUUAAACUUUUCACCAGAAGAGUUGCCUCCGAGGACGACCCCACAAAAAUAAACAAAAUCGCGCCUAGGGAUCUUUUUGAAGCAGCAGCUUACCUAUACAGUGAAGACCUCAUUGACGAAGAGGAGUUUAUGUUUCUUGUAAAAGAAAGCAAAGAUAAAGCACAAGUGUUUCCUUACUGGAAAUAUCCAAGAUUUUUCGUUUGGAAAUAUCCAUCAAUUCUUGCUGUGCUACCUUUUUCAGAAGGAAAAAGACAUGAUGCAAGGUUGCUGAGGGAGUCUGACAUUAUCUAGGUGCUUGAAAAUCAUUCGAACAGGUUAGAUGGAACACCAUUGUGAAUCUAUGGAGACCCUGCAUACCCUGUCAGGCCCCAUUUACAAGCUCCUUUCAAGAACAACCACUUAACAGAAGAACAACAGGCAUACAAUAAGGCAACAAGUAAGGUUAGAAUUUCAGUUGAGUGGCUGUUUGGUGAAAUUCUGCAGUAUUUUGCCUUUGUUGACUUCAAGAAGAAUCAAAAGAUUGCUCUCUCAGAGAUUGGGAAAAUGUACAGAGCCUGUACCCUUCUACACAAUGCAAGAACAUGUUUAUAUGGAUAAUCAGUGUGCAGAUUUUUGGACCUUGAACCACCAUCAUUAGAAACAUAAUUUCAAUAUGAUCAGCAAAAUUAGGAAACAUAAAGGAAAAACAUAUUGUAUUAAUGUAUGCUAAUAUACUCUAAACUUUAUUUCACAAGAGCUGGUAAAUUGAAGUUCAGGCUGGCUGUUUUAAAUUUUUCCAAAACUUUGAGGCUGGAUUGUUCUGAAAUUAUAUGGGUUUAAGCAGUUUAAUUGCGAAAUGUUGUCGUCAAGGGGAGUAAGCCAUCCUUCAUUUUCAGAAAAGUUUGAAAACUCAGCAAAAAAAGCUGACCCCUAGAUGGCAAACAUUUUUUAAAAAGGCUUCACAAUUUUGUUAAAAAUAAUGUCUUACAGUACAUCAGCCUCAGCUUGUUCUUAAUUUGUUUCUUACAUCUGGCUAAUUUUAAGGCUUCUGUCUUCAGAAAAUCAUGCUUAUAAAAAAUUGUACAGGGCCUAUAUAAAAAAUAAAACAAGUUAAACUUUAAAUUGUUUUUGGUGUUAUCGAUAGUACUUAUCAUUUCGUUCAUAACAGCUAAUGUUUGCAUUCGAGUCUGCUGCAUCUGUAACAUGAAUUGCUGCUGUUCCUGCAUCAUAUUUUGCAUGCAGGUUGACCCUCCAUCAUUUUGGACAAAUUCUCCCCUUGCUAAACGCCUUUCAUUCAACUCUUCUUUAUUCAACUCUCUUCUUGAUUUGCAUUUUCCUGCUUAAACUUUAGCCCUUGCUCUAUGAGUACAACUGCCUCAGAGGCCUUUUUCCUCCUCUUCGGUGUUUCUGUCCCAUCCUCUUCUUCUUUUCUAUUUCUAGUUUCCCCAAGACGCUCGACAGCUUUCAUUCGCAUAUCUUAUGCCUUCUUAUUUUCUUUAUCUUCAUUCACCUUGAUCCUCUCUUUUGCUUCUGCCCACGAAAGCUGCGUCUCUUCAAUCCUCUCGCUGAUAUCUAGCAUGCCACGAUACAAAUUGUUGUACUCUGCCCCUUGAAUGCCCGAAGCUCUCUUCUCAGCAACUUCAUUAUUCUUGAAGUUUCAAAAAUCUAUCUCUCACCGAUCGUGCUGUGACCCUGAAGUCUUGCACUGCUUUAGAGUUUGAAUUUUCAGUGAUCUGCUUCCAAGCUAGGCCCCUUUCCUUUGAGCAGCACGGUCUCGCGUCAAAAACGGAACUAUAUUCUGUUUCAAACACUCUGAUAAAAGAGAACAUUGAUCUGUUAUAUAGUGUGCGCACGCAAUCAACAUUUUUAGACAACUUGCGCAUUGGAGAGCGUGUUCCUGAAACAGGGCUGGCUCGGUUUUUGCCUGAUUUUAGUGUUUUUAAUCACCAGAGAAAUCCAUAGAUAUUGUUAGUAAGUAACCAUAAUUUAGUGAAUCUCGUAUGAUAUCUACUUUAAAUCAUAUCAAGUUUUGGUUUCAGGAAAGCCAAGGAAAGAAAAUAAAUUUACCUUUACUUUAGGAAUUCUUCCCUAAUUCGAGGUCACGAACUCUAACCUGUUUUUUUGUUAAUGAAAAUUUCCGUUGGCUAGUUUCAUAGCAUAUCGUUGUACGAAUCAGGUUUUUUAGCGUUUAACUAUCCAUUAUUGAUGAUGCUGGGGGUGGAAGAGGAAGGGGCAAUCGAUAGGCCUAGUCAUGUAAACAAAAAGGCGCUGCAAAGGUCUACCAAAAUCCCAAAAUAGAUCCAUAAUAUUAUUUUCAAAAAAUGCAAUAAUCAUGGCAAUAAUCAUGUUAUCAAAUCAAUUAACAAAUCAGCAAAACCAAGCACCAAAUUUCUAAAGAUAUGAAAUCCAAAAAUACUCUUUUUUAUUAUUUCUAGGCAAGACACCUUGCGCAAAUUAUGAAAAUAUUUACCCAAGAUUAUUCCUAUUUAAUGUCUUUGCCUUCAUGUUAAAGGAAUCAAGUUCAUGAGGCUCUCCAAUUGUUUCCAAUACAUUUAUUGCUGUUAAAACCAUUAUAACAAUAUCACUAUAACAUAUCACAUAACAAUAUCACCCACUUUGUCGACAAAUGAAACCUGGAAACCCCCCUUGGCACAAUAGCCAGUGACAGUCCUGAGGACAGUGAAAAUUCCUAUUGGGGGCUAAUCCAACCAGCUUUUGUCAUGUUCACUUCCAAUUUUCUUUGCAUGUCAGAAUGAUGGACAGGGAUAGGGCCUUACUCUUUGGUAUCAACUACUUAAAAACAGCUAAUUUGAUUCCAGUCAGCUAUGGCUCCCAUGGCAACCACUCCAAUCCAUUUGGCCAAAUAGUUAAAAUUAAAAGUUAACUGUAAAGUACUGUCAAUCUCUAUCACAUCUAGGAAAAUGUCUUUUUCUGUAAAUCCAUUUCUCUGCCUUAACUUCUUUUUUAUACUUGUACUUUUUACAUUUUGUCAUCUUUGAGUGACCUAGAUUUGUAAGCAAAAAGUAUUUUUAAUCUUCAACUAAAUUCUUUUAUAUUCAAUGUACAAUUAUGCAUAAAUCUAAGUAAACCUGUCUAUCUUAUAAAUUCAUACUUUCUUAUUGUCAGGACUAAUUUUUAUCAGCACAUCAUGUCAUCAGUGAGUAUUUAGUUUUUGUAUCCAGUAUCAAAAUAUAUCUGAAAUUGUAACUGUUAUUUUGAUGAGUGUGUCUUUUUAAAUGAUGGUUUGUUCAUGAUUUUACCCAAUGUUUAUUUUGAACUUAUCAGGCCGGCCAUAAUUUCUGGGUCAAAAAUUACAUCAGAGAAAAGUAAAAUGUAAAUAAUUUUAAAUGAUUUUUUUACAUCUUAAAUUUUAUUGAAAAAUUUCUUAAGGUAGGAGUUGCAUUUUUCCAGAGAAAUGCCUUGAAAAUAUGUAUGCAUUGUGGUGCUGAAAACAAACAUAAAGAGGCAAAAGUGUGUUUCCUGUGUGGAAGAAUUCGCAAAGAGAGCUCCUAAGCCAGUGAGGAAGACCAAAAAUACCUUUCAUGAAGACAAAAAGAUGUUGAAACACAGGGUGAACAUGUUAUAUCAGAAUCAAAGUUGUAAGUUGUUGGUUCUGGGGUAUCACAAAAACCUGCACAAAAAUACUGUAUGGAUGUAUAGCCCAGAAGACUCCAUUGCCAAAGAAUUUCUUCAUUCUGAGAGUGGGAGAAUUGUCUUGCAGAUGUUCAAGACCUUUAUUGAAAAGAAAGAAUACAAACAAAGUAAAGAUCAGCAUAAUGCUAAAGAACAAGACAAUGGUAUGAUAUGGCAUUUUUCAAAUACACAUAAACGGCAUAUAUAGCGAUUAAACUUAAAUUUUUGUUCAUAUUCCAUGCCAAUUACUUUUAAAAAUUUAACAAGAACUUACAUUUUUGCAAAAAAAGCAACCCCGUCCUUCCAAAGUAAUUUUCAUAAACAUGGUUUUCAUAAACAAUAAUUGUCAAAAACACGGAAUAUUUCUCCUUCAUUUAGACUUAAUCUAAUGAAUUGAAAAGGAUCAAUCAUUCAUUUAAUUCUCGUAAAUCUUUCUCCGAUCUUGUGACAAAUAUCUAAGUGAGUUAUGUAUAAACGAAUCUUUGUUUUAGGAGCCGAUCAAGCAACAACAUCCUCGUCAAAUAGAACCGAUCAAGCAACAACAUCCUCGUCAAACAGUAAGCUUUAUUUGUGACUGAAGUUUGACUUUUUCAAUUCACACUGUAGUAUUGUGACAAUUUUAUGAUUGAUUUAUGUGGAACGAAUCUUGAGGUAAGCAGUUUUAAGUAAUCAAAGAAUUCUUUGACGAUUUAAGUUAUUGCUCAACAGCCUUGAAGCGGACAUCUGGAACAUCUUUAAUCCGUGGGUAGUGGUACGCUUCCAGGUUUGUCUUUCCUUUACGGUCUCAUUUGCAAGAUUUUUUUAACCACAUAUUUGUUCCCUAUUUUUCUAUUGUAAAUAUGCUUUUUAAACUACGCUUCUUGAUUCAAGCGCUUGUCACAAUCCCACGUACCGUUGAUGACGCAUGCAUAUACCCUUAUGUCAUGUAUGUACGUUGAUCUGUGUGGGCGCUUUUCAUUUCAUGUUUUUAAUUUUGAUUUUUGUUAUUUAAUCCUCAGGCAAUUCUGUGAAGAUUAUAAAGUUGGACAGCAGUCGUGAGUUAAAUCCAAAUUUUACAUUGCUCGUUUUUAUAUCUAAUUGUUGUUAUGAAUGGUAUUCAUUAGUUUCCUCUUUUCUUUUGCAGUGCUCAGCUCGAAUCCUUCCUUGCAGGAACUUCUUUCGCGCUUGAGAAGAAGCGAAACCGAGGAAAAUACUAAAUAACGCUCACUUCAAGUUUUUUUUAAAUUUUCCUAUUAAUUCGUACAUACUUCUUAUCUAAAGUUAUUUAACAUUAAUAUAUAAUUAUUAUUGUUGCUUUUUUAUAAUUGUUAUUAUUAUUGAAAUAUAAAAAAACCAACGAAGCUCUUUCUGAAGUUGCAAAUAUAAUUUAAGCUUCUUGUGCAAUUUCUUGUCUCUCCACUACGUUUUAAAUUGUUUUGCCUCGUUAUAUGUACUCUUCAUGGAAGAAAACAAGUUUAGUGCAUCGUAGUUUUUCACUACAAAUAUCUGAAAUUGAAAAUGGAAUCAAGGGGAAAUUUAUGAAGUCCACGCUCUUUGAAAUGUCGAAAAACCGUAGGUUUAGAUCUAGCUUUGAAUCAGGUUUAAUUCUUGAUAAAGAUAUGGUUAGCAUUUUAGUUUUCAAGAAUCUAACUUUAAAGAAUCUUUAUCUAAAUAAGAAGCAUCAGAACCAUGUUGUGUCCACGGUCUGAAAGGAGUAGCCGUUAAACAUUGCUGAUCAAAGCGACAAUUGGAAUUAAUUUUUCGAAUUUGGGAAACAUGUAAUUUUGGGCUGUUUGAGUUUUUGAGGUGCUACUCCCCUCCCAGUUGCAUAGGCUUUUUUGAUUACAGAAAGAAUGUGCGAUCUGCGAGUGGAAAGACAGUAAAUGCGAGAAAAAUAUUACGAUUUUUUUAUAACAACCCAAACAAGUGUCACCUGGGAUUUUGAGAAGUCACUGCCUCGUUUGAUCCUACCCUUACAAACAAACUCUAAUAGACUUUGAAAAUUCAAUAACCCUAAUAUAUAGUUUUACGAAUUUCUUAGUUCAUUAAAUAAGGGACAUUUAAAAAAGGCCUUAAUUAAAAAAGUUAAUGUUUUGCCAUUUUACUGAAAAGAUCACUUGCACAUACUAUUUCUUGAAUGCAAAGAACACAGCACGCUUUUUAAUCAAUUCAAACUGCUGCUCUAUCAAGGAAUUUUUAUCUUCGUCCUGAAAAGGUAAAGCGGCAGUUGAUUUCAGAAUUUUAUCAUGUGGUUACUGACUAUUGUGAAGUUGGUAGUUGCAGGAAAUUUGUUUCAUUAGUCAAUUGAGAAGGUGUUAAAUGCAUAGGCGUACGGGUCGAGCUCAGAUAGUAAGGGAUGGGGGGGUAGUGGUCUAAAUUUUUUCCCAAAAAAAUUUUAUAGCCCAAAUUUUUACUAUAACACAUCUAAUCUUGUGAUAUGUGCGAAGAAAUGACUAGGAACGUAUAUCAAAAUGAAGUUACUUUCUCGGCAUUUUUAAAAAACGUCACACGUUACUAAAUAGCAUUCGAGUUUCCAUUAUAAGAAAUGUGAAUCUCUUCCACGAUGGCGACGACAUAUAUCGUUUUUGUCAACUUCCCUUUUGCGAAGAAGAUUUGGAUUUGAGUGUUCGAUAUAAAUGCGAGAUAUAUGUUGUCCAUGGUGUUAAUGCCCC